AUGUCAAAUUACAAAAAAAAAGAGAACGUGCAUAAGAUGAAAGAAAAUGUACAAGAAAAUAAAAAACAGAAGAAAAACAGCCAAGAAAGCGAAUCCGACAUCAGCUACCAUGAUGAAUCAGUCGAAGACUUAGAGGCCUAUUUAAAAAAAUUGGAAGCAGAAAAAGAAGAAGAGGAAAUGGAGAGGAUCGAUCUCCUAGCCGGAGAGAUUGAAUUUCAUCAGGUCAGUAUACGAAUUAUUCCGCACGAAAUUCCAAUACGUAAUCCGAAUUUUCUAGACUGUCAGUUCGACACUCUCAACUUGAAACCCACCCCAUUAAUUUUCAAUCGAAACGCCGAAAUAAUUUACCGAAAUUCGCCCCCGAUACAAACAGGCCAGCAAGUUAAUAUCGCUUGUCCUGGAAACCAGCUGUUGUACCUUAAUGAAAAUUUAGGACCAAUUAUUACAGCCUCUUGUAUAGAGGACUCAUUAUUAUUUCAAGAAAAACCCUUAAAUUUGUAUUCGUUAAGAUGCCGCGACAUACCUCAAAAUACUAUAAGGUACACUGGAAGAAGUUGCAAGGAGGGUGGCGAAGAAAUUGAGGUGGGUUACAAUGUGCCAGGUUAUGGAUUUUUGAGGCAAAUGCGAAUUUGCUUUGAUAAUGUCAAUUUUAGCCCCAUAUUCUCGCAUUACACAUUGACAAAAACUAUUGGAUAUAGAGACAGUAAAGUUCCGAGGAAAUUUUUCGAGGAGGAUGGUUUUUACUCAACAUCAGAAUCUCUGGAUAAUUUAUAUAAUAGAAACAGAGAACGGCGCACCAUAAAUGAACUUUUGGGCUUGGAGAGUCAAUCUACAACAUACAUCAAGCAAAAUGGUGAAUUAUUUAUUAAUAGAGGCCAUUUGACACCAAAAGGUGAUUUCGUUUAUGCCUAUCAGCAAUUAGCAACUUUUCAUUAUGCCAAUUCGGCCCCUCAAUGGGCCUCGUUUAACGGAGGCAAUUGGAACGAGUUGGAAAUGAGCCUUAGAGAUUAUGCAAGUUCUACUAAUAGUGAUUUGGAGGUUUAUACAGGAGUUCAUGGAGUCAGUACUUUAACGAAUAAUGCCAAUAAAAUAAAAACUGAAUUAUUUUUACAUACGAAUAAUGGAAGACAUUUAUUGCCAGUACCGCAGUUAUUUUGGAAAUUAAUUUAUGACAAACAUAAAAAUUCUGGGAUAGUGAUUUUAGGAGUGAAUAACGCCUAUGAGGUUCAGAGGGAGGAUUUUAUUUGCGAGGAUAUUUCGGAUAGGGUCUCGUGGUUCAGUUAUAAACUUAAAGGACAAAAGAACAGGGUGGAUUUAGGGCAUAUUUAUGCUUGUUCCAUUGAGGAUUUUCGUAGGGCGGUAGGGAGAUCACCUAAUUUGAAUGCUGCAAAUUUAUUAUUCUUAACGUUUGAGGAUUUUCAAAACUUAAUCAUUAACGACCCAGGUUGUCAUAUUAACAUACGUGAUUUGCCUCAAAGAAAACCCUUACUUAGAGACCCUUCAACCCUAAAUUUACUUUUGCCCGACAAUGCUGGCAGCAGCAUCAUUACACUGAGCCCUGGGAAGGAAUUCGAAAUCGAUUGUCCUGGUAGCAACAUUUUAGUAGACGACAAUUUGGCUUUAGGAGAAGUUGCUAUAGCUGAAUGUGUUGGUGGAAGCCAAGUACUUAUUAGCAACAGAAGGGUUGAUUUCAGCACUGUAGUAUGUUCUAGACGAAUAGCUAGUGUAGCUAGAUAUACUGGAAAGAGGUGUUGGAAUAAUAAAGGGAAGGAAACUGAAGUUGGAUUUGUGUUCACCGAUGGUCACUUUAUCAGAGAAAUGAACACCUGUUUCGAUCCUAUGACCAGAAACGUUUAUUACUCCCUAUUCGAAAUGUCUCAUCAAAUUGGAGACCAAAACACUGGCGGUACAAGACCAGGAUGGACGGAAGGCGCUUUUUACAACUUAGGCACCCGUUUGGACAACUUAUACCCAAACGCAGCUCAGAGAUCAACUAUCAACAGUCUGGUAGGAUUACCAAAUGACAGUACAAAAUAUGUAAGACCAACCGGCUCUUACUAUUUAGCUAGAGGCCAUUUAACAGCUAGAGCUGACUUUAUGUACUAUGCCCAACAAGAAGCCACGUUUCACUAUGUAAAUUCAGUACCACAAUGGCAAACCUUCAAUGGGUUCAAUUGGGCUUAUUUUGAAGCUAACGUACGACAAUUGUCAGCUAGAACUGGUUCGGACUUGAUUGUCCAAACAGGCUCCUAUGGGAUUUCUACUUUACCCCACGAAAAAACCAAUCAUCCAGUGGAGCUUUAUUUAUUUGCAGAUGGCCAAAAAGCCAUGCCAGUUCCAAAAUUGUUCUGGAAAGUUGUCUACAGUCCAUCGACUCGACGUGGCGUAGCAGUAUUGGGAGUGAAUAAUCCGUUUUUGAAGGAUUUAGAAAAUGAAAUUAUUUGUCCUGAUGUCGCUGAUCAGCUGAAUUGGUUAAGUUUUGAUAGAUUUAACACGGUUAGAGGGUACAUUUACGCUUGCACUAUUGCUGACAUUAGAAAGGUGAUUCCUCAAAUACCAAAUUAUGAUGCUAGAGGAAUUUUGAAUCUGUAAUUUGUAAUAUCUAAAGCUUGAAUAAAAUACUAUUUGUAUGUUU